AUGAAAACAUACGGUAACUGUGCGAGUAUUACACGCGGAAUAUUUUACUGCGCUCUUUUUACUUUUCUGGGUGUUUCUAUUCUUGCCGCAACUCCUCCCGAGAAAGAUCCAACGAUUCCUCCCAAAGACCCAGAGAAUUUGGAAUGUGAUCAGCAACAUCCAAAAUGUUAUGAUAAUCGCAUAGACAAAGACCAUAGAGUUCUAUUGCUGCACCAUAUUACGGACGAAUGCCAGAAAAAACAUCAGCUAAAACAUGAGCUGGAAUAUAGUUGCUGGACCGAAUGUCAUGCAUGGUGGCCUCUGAAACACUCACCUUUGGGACCACCCGAACUAGUUCCGCGCGAUGUCUUCCUUGUUUACGCCACACUUCACAUAGAAAAGACUUUCAGCGCUAUGCAUUUCGAUACUCGAUUGUGUGAUGUGAGUUACAUGGAGUACAAAAAUUAG